AUGCCCGGCGCACCCGGGCUCCGCGCCCUCUGGCUCUGCGCCGCGCUCUGCGCCGCCCCGUGCGCCCCCCAGCCUGGCCCGCGGCCCGCCUGCCCGGCCCCCUGCCACUGCCACGAGGAUGGCAGCACGCUGUCGGCCGACUGCUCCGCGCGCGGGCUCUCUGCGGUGCCGGGGGACCUGGACCCCCUGACGGCUUACCUAGACCUGAGCAUGAACAACCUCACGGAGCUCCGGCCCGGCCUCUUCCUCAACCUGCGCCUCCUGGAGGAGCUGCGUCUCUCUGGAAAUCGCCUCUCGCACAUCCCGGGACAGGCGUUCUCUGGUCUCUACAGCCUGAAAAUCCUGAUGCUGCAGAACAACCUGCUGGGAGGGAUCCCCGCCGAGGCACUGUGGGAACUGCGGAGCCUGCAGUCUCUGCGCCUCGAUGCCAACCUCAUCUCCCUGGUCCCAGACGGGAGCUUCGAGGGGCUGUCCUCCCUCCGCCACCUGUGGCUGGACGACAACGCGCUCACCGAGGUCCCCGUCAGGGCCCUCGGCCGCCUCCGCGCCCUGCAGGCCGUGACCCUGGCCCUGAACCGCAUAGGCCGCGUCCCCGACUACGCCUUCCGGAACCUGUCCAGCCUCGUGGUGCUGCAUCUCCAUAACAACCACAUCCAGCAUCUGGGGACCCACAGCUUCGAGGGGCUGCACAACCUGGAGACUCUAGACCUGAAUUACAACCAGCUGCACGAGUUCCCCGUGGCCAUCCGGACGCUGGGCCGCCUGCAGGAACUGGGUUUCCAUAACAACAACAUCAAGGCCAUCCCCGAGGGGGCCUUCCUGGGGAACCCUCUGCUGCAGACGGUCCACUUCUAUGCCAACCCGAUCCAGUUCGUGGGGAGGUCGGCGUUCCGGUACCUGCCCCGGCUGCGCACCCUAUCUCUGAAUGGUGCCACAGACAUCCAGGGCUUCCCAGAUCUCAAAGGCACCACCAGUCUGGAGAUACUGAGCCUGACCCACGCGGGCCUCCGGCGGCUGCCCCCGGGGAUGUGCCAGCAGCUGCCCGGGCUCCGUGUGCUGGAGCUGUCUCACAACCGCAUCGAGAGGCUGCCCAGCCUGCCCGGGUGUCAGAAGCUGGAGGAGAUUGGCCUCCAGCACAACCGCAUCUGGGAAAUCAGAGCUGACACCUUCCGCCAGCUGACCUCCCUGCAGGCCCUGGACCUGAGCUGGAACGCCAUCCGGUCCAUCCACCCCGAGGCCUUCGCGACCCUGCGCUCCCUGGUCAAGCUGGACCUGACGGACAACCAGCUGACCACGCUACCCCUGGCCGGGCUUGGGGGCCUGGUGCACCUGAAGCUCAGGGGGAACCGGGCUCUGUCCCAGGCCUUCCCCCAGGACAGCUUCCCCAAACUGAGGACCCUGGAGGUGCCCUACGCCUACCAGUGCUGCCCCUACAGCGUCUGCCCCGGCUUCUUCAAGGCCUUGGGCCGACGGGCGCCCCGGGGCCCUCACCCCGACGACCGCGACGCUCCCCAAAGGCCCCCGGGCCUCCUUGCCGGGCCGGCCGAGAGCCGCUAUGAUGUGGACCCGGACGAGCUCCAGCUGGAGAUGGAGGACCCCAGGCCACACCCCACCGUCCAGUGCAGCCCUGUGCCGGGCCCCUUCAAGCCCUGCGAGCACCUCUUCGAGAGCUGGGGCGUCCGCCUAGCCGUGUGGGCCGUCGUGCUGCUCUCUGUGCUCUGCAACGGGCUGGUGCUGCUGAGCCUGUCCGCAGCCGGGCCUGGCCCCCUGCCCCCGGUCAAGUUCGUGGUGGGCGCCAUCGCAGGGGCCAACACCCUGACCGGCCUAUCCUGUGGCCUUCUCGCCUUGGUGGACGCGCUGACCUUCGGCCGGUUCGCGGAGUACGGCGCCCGCUGGGAGUCGGGCCCCGGCUGCCGGGCCGCGGGCUUCCUGGCUGUGCUGGGCUCCGAGGCCUCCGUGCUGCUGCUGACCCUGGCCGCCGUGCACUGCAGCGUGGCCGCGGCCCGCGUGCGGGCCCGUGGGAAGGCGCCGGCCCCGGGCAGAUUGCGCGCAGGGGCCCUGGGCUGCCUGGUGCUGGCGGGGCUGGCGGCCGCCCUGCCGCUGGCCUCCGUGGGUGAGUACGCGACCUCCCCGCUCUGCCUGCCGUACGCCCCGCCCGAUGGCCGGCCGGCCGCCCUGGGCUUCGCCGCGGCGCUGGUGAUGCUGAACGCCUCCUGCUUCCUGGCGGUGGGCGCAGCCUACGUCAGGCUCUCCUGCGACCUGCCCGGGGCCGAGCUGGAGGCCGAGUGGGACUGCGCCGCCGUGCGCCACGUGGCCUGUCUCGCCUUCGCCGACGGGCUCCUCUACUGCCCCGUGGCCUUCCUGAGCCUGGCGUCCGCGCUGGGCCUCUUCCCCGUCACCCCCGAGGCCGUCAAGUCCGUGCUGCUCCUGGUGCCGCCGCUGGCCGCCUGCCUCAACCCCCUGCUCUACCUGCUCUUCAGCCCCCACUUCCGGGAGGACCUGCGGCGCCUGCGGCCCUGCCCGGGGGUCCCGGGGCCCCUCGCCCUGGCGGCCACCGGCCAGCUGGAGCCGAGCUCCUGCGACUCCACCCAGGCCCUGGUGGCCUCCUCGGGCGCGGAGCUCGUCCUGGAGGCCUCCAAGGCGGGCCGGCCCCCCGGGCUGGAGACCUGCGGCUUCACCGCCGUGACCCUCGCCCCCUGCCAGCAGCCCGGGGGCUCCCGGCCGGAGGGCAGCCACUUUGCGGAGCCAGAGGGAACCCGCGUUGGGAACCGGCCACCCGCCGUGGACGGUGGACGGCCGCCGGGGGCCGAGGGCGCCGUGCCAGAGGAGGGGGGCCGGGCGGGGGCCGGGGGCUUCCAGGCGGCUGGCUCUGCCUCGGCCUCACACUUGUAA